AUGGCCUCUUCAUUAUCAUCAGGGGAAUCAAUGGGCAUCGGCUUCUCUGCGUCCUUUCUCGAAGGAUUUCCCGAUGGAACAGAAACUCGUCAAUUUACGAAUCUUCUCAGCCUUCAGAAGAGGCUCAAUGACCAUCGAAACGCGCUGGAACGAAAAGAGUCUCGGAAUCAGUAUCUAAUCUUCACAAGUGUUCCCGAAAGUAUUUUUCAAAGGCUAAGUGAUAGCUCUCGAUCCACUCGUCUUUUAUACAAUUGGAAAGAGUCCACGCUUGUCGUCAAGGUUACGCUUGGUGCAUUACAUGAGGUUGCAGCAGAGCAUUUCAAAGGACGUGUCUUUCUACGAAUUUGCAACAUGGGCGUACUUGAUGAAGUUAGUCUUCUUGGUUCACUCGAAGUUCAGUUCGGCGAUUUUAUUAAACAGCCUGAUGGUAGUUGGGGUCCAGACAUUCAGCCUCCAAGGCCAAAAUGCGUUCUAGAAAUCGGAGCAUCAGAAUCAGCCAAUCGGCUAGCCAUUGAGGCUCACGGGUGGCUCGAAUCAAGAGACACCACAGUCGAACUUGUCAUUACUAUAGAAAUCAACCAAGACAUACCAGAGCUUGUUCUUCGACGAUGGGAGCUUAUUCCUGGACAAUGUGCUAGACCACCUCGAGCAGCUCCCCGUUCUUCUGCCUCUUGUGUUCAAAGCGUCACAACGUCUUAUGUAAAUCAUUUGACAACAAUCACUGGAGACUUGACUUUACCUUUCGACAAAAUAGUUGGACGGCCAGCAAAUCCGAAUAGGCCCUUAGAGCAAGAUUUUACCAUUACUCAAGACGACCUUAGACUUAUCUCACAAAGAGUGUGGAAAGCGCAGGGGUUCUUCCCUUGA